CCUUUUAACAGGAUGGUCUGGUUUUGAGAUCAAUAACAGCAAUACCAUAAAAACUACCCCACAACAUCAUCAUCAUCUUUGUGGGGAAUAGCAAAAAAAGAGAGAAACAGGGAAGGGGUUUUUUUACAACAGUUUUCUUUUCCAAGCCCAGAGAGGUUUUUCAAUUCUGUCUACAAACUUCACUUAACAUAACACAAUAACUAAAGAGAGAAGAUAAAAAUGUUUAACGAGUAAAUAUACAUUCUAGGAAUUCAAAAUUAUCUGUACAGAAGGAAGGCAAAAAGUAGAUUUUCUUAAUCUCAGUGCAGAUCAAAGUGAAAUUUGUGCAUUUGAUCAUCCACUUAUUGGCAUGCUACCUAAGAUAUGGUGUCAAAGAAGAAACUGAAUUUUGGUUUCAGUGGCUAUCAAAUUCCUGUUAUACCUAAAGCUCCUAGAUCAGCUAGAAAGAGAUGCCCCUGUAAAAAAUUGGACGAUGAUCAAAUAUGUGCAUUUGAAUUAUUGGCGGCUGUAGCUGGCAAACUAUUACUUGAGAGUGAAAGCUCUGCUUCUAGUAAUGCAGACGCACCAGAGGGAAACGAUGAGCUCACUGAUUGCAGGGAUAUUAUUAAACGUGAACAAAUGGAAAAUGAUAAAACUCUCAACCAAGGGAGUUGUGUAGAAAGUACUUGCAUACCCAAAGCUGCAGACCAAGAGAAAAAUUUCAAGAAUGUUUCCAGUAAACCUUAUCAUACUGAAAACAAAUCCUUUUUAGAACAUUCUUCUACAAUUAUAGGUUCUAAUUCCUUAACAAAAGACUUGUCUGACGUGAAGAUGGAAAGCAGCAAAGAGGUCAAUGCGGAUGCAAAGUUACAAAUCAAAGUGGAAGGUGGAUCUUCAGAUCCGGAUGAUCCAUGUGACAUUAGAAAACAGUUAGAUGAUGACAGCAAACAGACUGAAUUAACUAUGGCGAAUGCUUGCAGUGUAAAAGCUCCAAUUGAAAAGAAUGUGAAUAAUAGUGCCUUAAUUAACUCAGACAGUAGUGUACAGUUGCCCUUGUACAGGGACCCCGUUCUUUGUGCUUCUUUUGUGAAGUCAAGGAACAAUGUAAAGUUAGGUGUUAGAGAUGAUGACGAAAAAUAUUUUGGGUGCUAUAGGCGUAUCACUAAGAUAAGGACCUUCAAGCCAACAUCACAUAGUGCAUACAGAAGAAUAAGGAAGAUGCUUACAUCUAGACACUGGAAAGUAGCUCCUAAGUUGAAGGACUGUGAGAGUUCUUACUCUAGUGAUGGAAUGAAGUCCUUUAAUCGCAAAAGGAAAAACAUGUGUGGGAAUGAAAGACAUCUGCUUGAUAUUCCUUCCAAGAAAAGGAAAUUUUGCGACCAUAGCUUUGCUGUGGCAUAUGACCAGGAGGCCAGUAGUAAAAGCAUUUCAAAUAAACCUGCAAAGGGAAUCAACAGAGAUAUUAUUACCUCUCCAGUAAUCCCGCCUAAAGGGACUGUUGUUUCAGCUUCAGUUAGAAAUCAUCAGAAGAAGGAUCCUAAUGUUAAACUUAGCAUUAAGUCCUUCAAGGUGCCAGAGCUUUAUAUUGAGGUUCCUGAAACAGAAACAAUUGGUUCCCUGAAGAGAACAGUAAUGGAAGCAGUAACAGCUAUCCUGGGAAGUGGAUUACGGGUGGGGGUGGUCCUCCAAGGAAAGAAGGUCAGAGAUGACAAUAGAACCCUACAGCAGGCUGGUAUUUCCCAGAAUGGCAAUCUCGAUACAUUGGGUUUCACUUUGGAGCCUAGUUUCACCAAAGUUCGUCCGUUAGAUGAUCAAAAAUUAUCUAGGCGUCCACCUAGUCCUAUCUUGGAAUUGGGGCCUAGCUAUGUUUCGUCAGAGACUAAGUUGGACAAGCAUGAUGGGAGUAACCAUGAACUGGAGAUGUCACCUACAAAUCCUAUUGAUCAAUCAGCUGUUCCAAAUUCUAAAGCCUUGGCCGUAGUUCCUCCUAUGAAUGCAGAGGCACUUGCUGUGGUUCCAGUAUAUCAUAAAAAUAGACAUUCUGAACUUUCACAGCGUAGGACAAGGAGGCCAUUCUCAGUUGCUGAAGUAGAAGCGCUGGUCGAAGCUGUAGAGCAGCUUGGAACUGGAAGGUGGCGAGAUGUUAAAAUGCGUGCUUUUGAUAAUGCCUAUCACCGAACUUAUGUUGACUUGAAGGAUAAAUGGAAGACAUUAGUCCAUACAGCAAGCAUUGCCCCACAGCAAAGAAGGGGAGAGCUGGUGCCCCAGGAACUUCUAGACAGAGUCUUAGCUGCCCAUGCCUACUGGUCUCAGCAUCAGGCCAAGCAACACGCCAAACAACUUGCUGAUCCUCCCAAAAUUUUGGAUGCUCAGGUGCAGAAUGAUGUCUCCGCCACGUGAGAGGAGAUGUCUAUCGUGAAGAUGUAAAAAGAUCAAUGCGAUUCUGAUAGGAGACACAACGAGGAAAAUUUGUAAAGAAAGCUUCGUGUUGACUCACUCUCAUUGAUUUAUUGCCAUGUCUUCCAUUGUGACUGGGUGGGACUGGCAUUUGUAAAUGAAUCAAGGAAUAAAGCAGUCUAACAGAGGCAACAAAAUUCUUUUGCUGCUGUUGGUUCUAUUCUUUCAUGUACUGUUAGGAUUGGAUAGGAAAAUGACGAAAAGAAUCAAAUGUAUUAUGAAUGUACAUUAGUUUUCAUAUUAUUCAACCACUACUCUUUUUUUACUGAUGAA